AUGGGUCGUAUGGCAGGUGAACUUAUGAAGGGUUGGUUGGAAGUAGUAGAGUAUAAUGUAAAGCCACCAGAUUACGGGAUAUCAAUUGGAACAGUGGGAAUAUUGUCAUGUUCAAUGGAGGAACAUUAUCCCCAGAGGCAGUCGAUACACGGAGAAGCCAACGUAGUGGAAUAUUCAAAGGAGAACGUAGUGGACGAUGACUUGAAUGAAUGGGGGAGGAAAUCCUAUUACCUUGCAAGUGUGGGACUGCAAGGUCGACAAGAGGAAGUCCUGAGAUUGGGCGAGAAUAGAGUAGCACAGCAGAUAAGAAAGGAUCAGGAUAAGCUUGUAAUAGGCAAGUAUAGAGUACUUGCAAGUUUUUGGAUUUAG